AUGAGGCCCAUCUUCAUCCCCAGAACUCCUGCAACCUCAAACACCAACAACAUUGACCCAACAGCAACAGCCACAGACAUUAUAAUUAAUCAAAACCCAUCAAACUCUUCCUCAAACCCACCAAUUCUAUCUCCUUCAGCUAUCUCCCAAUCUCCUCAAAUCUCAUCCCCUAUUUUGCCCAACAUAUCUCUCACUAAAAACCAACAUAUUACAUCCACUGUAGGACUAGAUUACACACAAAGUGAGGGACGAAGAAGAUCACCGAUCAGGCUUGGCCAUUUUAUCAAUGGAUUAAACUUCUACUUGAAGCUCAAGAUCAACAGUCGUAAUUUCGAGAUGGGGCAACUAGAUCUCACAGCUUAA